CACUUAUUUACACAAUUAACUCUUCAAAACCCGCUCCCUCUCUCUUCUUAAUUUAAAUUUCUUUCAAUUCAACUCAAGUAGAUCUUCCUCUGUUUGGUUCCCGAGACACCGCAAGAAAAACCCUACAAUUUUCUGUGUGUUUCGGGGACCAAUUUUGAAUUCAAACACUCCACGUUGGAUUCUUGACCUUAGGGUUUUUAUUUUACUUUCAGUAUGUCCUGGGGGGACGAAAUUGUUAUGCGUGAUGUCACCAAUGCGGGGCUUGUUGUCAGCGACCGCAUUGGUCGUGAAGCUGCCUCUCAGCUCGACGUUGAAGAUGCCCUAGAAGCGUCGAGAUACGCUAGCCAUCCCUACUCUACUCAUCCUAGAGAGUGGCCGCCUCUGAUUGAGGUGGCAGAUACAUUGGACUUGCCUACGGUACUUGUUCAAAGAUAUAAUGCGGCUGGUGGUGAAGGGAAUGCUUUAUGUGGAAUAUUUCCGGAGAUACGCCGAGCGUGGGCAUCAGUUGAUAAUUCUUUAUUUCUUUGGCGUUUUGACAAAUGGGAUGGCCAAUGUCCUGAAUACACUGGAGAGGAACAAGUUAUUUGUGCUGUUGGUCUUGCCAAAUCUAGACCUGGAGUUUUUGUUGAGGCUAUCCAAUACCUUAUAAUUUUAGCCACACCAGUUGAGUUGAUGCUUGUUGGCGUAUGCUGUUCUGGAGGAGGUGAUGGUUCAGAUCCUUAUGCGGAAAUUUCACUGCAGCCUUUGCCAGAGUAUACAGUACCAUCAGACGGAGUUACCAUGACUUGUUUAACAUGUACUGAUAAGGGGCGUAUAUUCCUAGCAGGCCGUGAUGGCCACAUCUAUGAGUUGCAUUACACAACUGGUUCUGGCUGGUACAGGCGCUGCCGUAAAAUAUGCCUUACUGCAGGUGUUGGAAAUGUAAUUUCAAGGUGGAUUGUACCAAAUUUAUUUAAAUUUGGAGCUGUUGACCCCAUUGUUGAAAUGGUUUUUGAUAAUGAAAGACAAAUUUUGUAUGCAAGAACUGAGGAAAUGAAACUUCAGGUUUUUGUUCCGGGUCCAAAUGGAGAAGGUCCACUAAAGAAGGUAGCUGAAGAAAGGAAUCUGUUCAAUCAGAGGGAUACUCAUUAUGGAGGUAGACAACCAACAGUACCAAGAGCCUCAAAUCGAUCGACAAAGCCAUCUAUAGUCUGCAUUUCACCUUUAUCCACUCUUGAAUCAAAGUGGCUACACCUUGUUGCCGUCUUAUCAGAUGGAAGAAGAAUGUACCUUUCCACUUCUCCAACUAGUGGUAAUGGUGGCAGUGUUGGAGGUUUGAGGGGAUUCAACAAUCACCAGCAUAGACCAAGUUGUUUAAAAGUUGUAACAACUAGGCCUUCUCCUCCUGUAGGGGUUGGUGGAGGACUUGGAUAUGGAGCUAUAUCUCUUCCUGGAAGAAAUCAGAGUGAGGAUCUGUCAUUGAAGGUUGAAGCAGCAUAUUACUCAGCUGGAACCCUUAUCCUUUCCGAUUCAUCACCACCAACUAUGUCUUCUCUUCUUAUGGUAAGCAAGGAUGCAAGCUCACAAUCAUCUUUGUCAGGUAGUUUGGGAACAAGCGCUAGGGUUUCUCGAGCUCUUAGGGAAACUGUGUCUUCACUACCUGUUGAAGGUCGAAUGCUAUCUGUGGCUGAUGUUCUACCUUUACCAGAUACUGCUUCGACUGUUUUAUCCCUUUACUCAGAACUUGAAUUUUGUGGACUUGAAAGCAUGGGGGACUCCUGUGAAAAGGCAUCUGUAAAACUUUGGGCAAGAGGUGACCUUUCAACCCAACAUAUACUGCCGAGGAGGAGAAUUGUUGUUUUUAGUACCAUGGGCAUGAUGGAAGUAGUUUUCAACAGGCCUGUUGACAUUUUGAGAAGGUUGUUUGAAUGCAACUCACCAAGAUCAAUCAUAGAAGAUUUUUUCAACCGUUUUGGAGCUGGCGAGGCAGCUUCAAUGUGUUUGAUGCUAGCUGCAAGGAUUGUUCAUUCUGAAAAUCUUAUAAGCAAUGUUAUUGCUGAAAAGGCUGCUGAAGCUUUUGAGGACCCAAGACUUGUUGGAAUGCCACAACUUGAAGGUAGUAAUGCAUUGGCAAAUGCUAGAACAGCAGCAGGGGGAUUCAGCAUGGGGCAGGUUGUUCAGGAAGCGGAGCCUGUAUUUUCUGGUGCACAUGAGGGGCUCUGCCUGUGCUCGUCAAGGUUGCUUUUCCCUGUUUGGGAACUUCCCAUAAUGGUCAUAAAGGGAGGUCCAAGUUCAAAUGAUACUAUGUCUGAGAAUGGGGUAGUUGUAUGCAGACUUUCUGUUGGGGCUAUGCAAGUCUUGGAAAAUAAGAUUCGUUCAUUGGAGAAGUUCUUAAGGUGUUUAAAAAACCAGAGAAGGGGUCUUUAUGGCUGUGUAGUUGGGUUGGGUGAGUUGACUGGUUCUAUUUUGUAUGGAACUGGUUCAGAAUUGGGCUCUGGUGACCAGAGUAUGGUUAGAAACUUAUUUGGUGCUUACUCAAGAAACGUUGAGCCUAAUGGUUCUGGGACAUCAAAUAAAAGACAGCGGUUACCAUAUACUCCCACUGAAUUGGCUGCAAUGGAGGUAAGGGCUAUGGAAUGUAUCAGGCAGUUGCUUCUUAGAUCUGCUGAAGCUCUGUUUUUGCUCCAACUUCUUUCUCAACAUCAUGUGACUCGCUUGGUUCAAGGUUUUGAUGCUAAUUUACAGCAACAGUUGGUUCAGCUGACAUUUUGUCAACUAGUUUGUUCUGAGGAGGGUGACCGCCUUGCCACAAGGCUUAUUUCUACUUUGAUGGAGUAUUAUACUGGUCCAGAUGGCAGGGGAACAGUUGAUGAAAUUAGUGCAAGAUUACGAGAAGGAUGCCCAAGCUAUUUCAAGGAAUCUGAUUACAAGUUCUUUUUAGCUGUGGAAUGUCUUGAAAGGGCUGCUACAACUUCAGACUCGGAGAAGGAGAAUCUUGCUAGAGAGGCCUUCAAUUUCUUAAGUAAAAUCCCAGAAUCUGCAGAUUUACGAACUGUUUGCAAACGCUUUGAAGACUUAAGAUUUUAUGAAGCUGUGGUUCGCUUACCUCUGCAAAAGGCACAGACUCUUGAUCCAGCAGGCGAUGCCUUCAAUGAUCAAGUUGAUGCAGCAACCCGGGACUAUGCUCUUGCACAGCGUGAACAGUGCUAUGAGAUAAUCACCAGUGCUUUGCGAUCUCUAAAGGGUGAUUCUUCUCCUAGAGAAUUUGGGUCCCCUGUUAGGCCUGCUGCUGCACGAUCUACCCUUGAUCCAGCCUCACGGAAGAAAUAUAUAUGCCAGAUUGUUCAGCUAGGUGUCCAGUCGCCUGAUAGAAUAUUUCAUGAGUACCUCUACAGAACUAUGAUUGAUUUGGGUCUUGAAAAUGAGCUCUUGGAGUACGGAGGCCCUGAUUUGGUGCCUUUUCUGCAAAGUGCUGGUCGUGAACCCUUACGAGAGGUUCGUGCUGUGGCUGGAUUAACAUCAGCAACUUCCCUGAUGGGUCGAUCUAUUCCAUCAAAUGAAGCCAAAUACUUUGAUCUUUUGGCACGAUAUUAUGUCUUGAAACGACAGCAUUUACUUGCAGCUCAUGUAUUGUUAAGGCUUGCUGAAAGAAGAUCAACUGAUUCAAAGGAUUCUCCUACUCUUGAUCAGAGGCAACAGUACCUAAGUAAUGCAGUUCUACAGGCCAAGAGUGCAAGUAACAGUGAUGGUCUAGUAGGUUCUUCCCGGGUUGCUUUUGAUAAUGGAUUGUUGGAUUUACUUGAAGGGAAGCUCACUGUCCUUAGGUUUCAAAUAAAAAUAAAAGAGGAACUAGAGGCUAUGGCCUCCAGUUUGGAAGCAUCAGGUGACAUGUCUGAGUCAGCUCAAAAUGGACUGGCUCCUGAUAGCAAUUCUUCUAACAAUGCUGACUUUGCAAGCACUGUCCGAGAAAAGGCCAAAGAUCUAUCAUUAGAUUUGAAGAACAUCACUCAAUUGUAUAAUGAAUAUGCUGUUCCAUUUGAACUUUGGGAGAUAUGUCUGGAAAUGCUUUACUUUGCAAGCUAUUCUGGUGAUACUGAUAGUAGCAUUAUAAGAGAAACCUGGGCUAGACUUAUUGAUCAAGCUCUUUCGAAGGGUGGCAUUGCUGAAGCCUGUUCAGUGCUGAAGAGGAUUGGUUCGCAUGUAUAUCCUGGGGAUGGAGCUGUUUUACCUUUGGACUCUUUAUGUCUACACCUUGAGAAAGCUGCACUGGAGAGGUUGGAUUCAGGAGCUGAACUUGUAGGAGAUGAUGUGCCAAGGGCUCUUUUAGCAGCUUGCAAAGGAGCAGCUGAACCUGUGUUAAACACUUAUGACCAAUUAUUGUCGAACGGAGCUAUUUUACCAUCUCCUAACCUCAGACUACACCUUCUUCGAUCAGUGCUAGUGGUACUUAGAGAGUGGGCAAUGUCUGUAUUCGCUCAGAGAAUGGGUACGAGUGCAACUGGAGCCUCUCUAAUAUUAGGCAGAACAUUUUCAAAGGAGCAAACAACUGUGAUAAACCAAGGGAUUCGAGAUAAGAUCACCAGUGCAGCAAACAGGUUUAUGACAGAGGUACGGAGACUUCCCCUUCCACAGAGCCGGACCGAGGCUGUCUACAGAGGAUUUAGAGAACUAGAGGAAUCCCUUAUAAGUCCUCUUUCUUUUACUCGAUUUUGAUUGUUUGUUGUUUAAUGUAAUAUUACAUGAUGAAAUGUUUUCCUUGUCACAUGAAUUUUGCCAAUAAAAAGUAUUUUAGGUUCAGAAUUGGAAGUGGUCAUGUAACAUUAGCUUAACAGUAGACCAAAUGUAAAAGUUGCAGAUAGUAUCAAGAGCGUGAAUUCUCAUUCCUAAA